AUGUCCUCAGACUUGCUGAUCCCAGAACCCCCAUCCGAACCCCUCCUUCUCCGCUGGUUCCGACGUCAAUCGCACCUCCUCGCCGAAGAACGAAAAGAAGAACAAGCACAAUCCAAACUCCUCCUCUCCAAAACAGCACCUAAGACCCUCGAGAAACAUGGCCUUGCCCUCCUCAGUCUCGGUGUCGCAUCCAUCCGUAUUGGUGUAGGCGCCAAGCUGCUAGUCGAGUUUGAGAGGCCAUCUGCGCAUUAUUCCAGCCCGAACUUUCCACCGCACAGUUUCAGGACGGGUGAUUUGGCUGCGGUACUGGAUAACGGAGCUGAUCCACAGGCUACGAAUGAAAGUGGACUGUUGUCGGGGGUGGUGUAUAGGGUGAAUGAUACAAGAAUUACGUUGGCGAUCAGUGACGGGAAGAAGGGGGCGGGGGGAGGAGCCAAAGGGUUGGGUUCGGAGGGCAAGGAGAGAGGAGGGAAUAAGAGAGAUGUUCGUAAUGGAGAUAGUAACAAGGUUUCAGGUAACGAUCUGGAUUUGCCGGAGAGGAUAAGAUUGGUCAAGGUGGCGAAUGAGAGCACUUUCGAUCGGCUGGAGAAUACGCUUGAUAAACUUGCGAAGACGUUGGGUGUGUCUUUUGCUAAUGGCGCUAAUGCUGGUGGCGAUACUUCGGCUGAAGACGAACCGCCCACGCCCUCCUCCUCCUCAUCGUCGGGUAAUGCUACGAGUUUUACGCGGUCGCUGUUCGGUCUAACUCCUCCAACGUGGAAAAGCAUCGAUCUACCCCUGCCACCAUUCAACCCCAACCUCAACACCACUCAACUCGACGCAAUCCGACACUGCCUCUCAGCGGACCACUUCUCACUAAUCCACGGUCCACCAGGUACAGGUAAAACAACAGCCAUCGUCGAACUCAUCAUGCAGAUCGUAGCAUCUAACUUCGGCGCCACAGAGCCAAAUGCUCCAGUCCGAAUCCUAGUCUGUGGAGCAUCGAAUCUAGCCGUAGACAACAUCCUCGAACGUCUAGUCGGCUCGCCCGAACACCGCGAAGUGUUCAAAAAGAAAUUGAUCGGAGUCACACGCAUAGGUCAUCCCGCGCGCGUUGUCGCCAAUCUCGCAAGCUCUACUCUUGACGCACAAUGUACCACAUCCUCCGAAGCGCAGUUGGUGAAAGAUAUUAGUAAGGAGAUAGAGGGGAUCAUGUCAGAGCUCAAACCCUCCUCUAACCCCGCAGGAAACAAGUCUACGAGGGGACAACCAAAGGUUAGGGGUAACGAUAGGAAGAAGCGGUGGGAAGAAGUUCGUGAGCUUCGAAAAGAAUACAGAAGGAGGGAUAGACAGGUUACGUGCUCAGUUUUGGACAGGGCGCAGGUGGUUUUGGCGACUUGUCAUACAGCGGGAGGGAAGCAGUUGGCGAGGAGGGAGUAUGAUUGGGUGGUGAUUGAUGAGGCUUGUCAGGCUGUGGAGUUGGGGUGUUGGAUUCCGAUAUUGAAGUGUAGGGAAGGAGGGAGGGUGGUAUUGGCUGGAGAUCAUUUGCAGUUGCCGCCUACGGUUAAGUCCAAUAUUGGGAUGUCAAAGAAAGGUAAAAAGAAGGCGGUUGCAAGCAAGGAAAAAAAUGCAAAGGUGAAGAGUAAAGAUUUCGAAGCAUCAAAGGAAGUCAAUAAUAAGCAAGAAGAGGAAGAAGAAGCUUCAGUCAGUGAUGACGCCGACAACAUUGCAGAACGAUUCUCCUCCAUAUUCCUGAAAGAUCUCCCCCCUCGUCGACUCCGACCACCACGAACACUCGAAACAACCCUCUUCUCCCGUCUCCUCGGCCUGUACGGUCCAGGGAUCAAAUCCCUCCUUUCGAUCCAAUACCGAAUGAACACCUCCAUCAUGUCAUUCCCCAACCUCUCCCUAUACGAGUCCAAGCUCACUGCACACCCAUCCUGCGCCGAUAUCCGUCUCACCGAUCUCUCCAACCUCCACCCCCUCACCGACCUGGAAGAUGAGGAGGAAAAAGAACUCCUAGCACCAGUCGUAUUCUACGAUACCUCUGGAUGCGAGUUCUACGAAACCACGCCUUCCCCGGAAGAAGGUCUCCUCUUGGCGGACUCCAAAUCGAACACGCAUGAGGUGGAGUUGGUGGUGAAGCAUCUGGAAGAGUUGUUCGCGAGAGGGGUAGUGGCGGGACAGGUUACGGUCUUGACUCCGUACUCUGCGCAAGUGGCGCUGUUGCACUCUGUGAUUCGUUCUCAUCGCUUUUCUGCCCCGGAGAAUGGGGGAGGGGAGGUGGUGAAUGGGGAGGAAAUUGAGUUGGGGACAAUUGAUAGUAUGCAAGGCAGAGAAAAAGAUGUUGUUAUUAUCAGUCUGGUGAGGAGUAAUGCAGAGCAACAAGUUGGGUUCUUGGCGCAAAAGAAGAGACUCAAUGUUGCGAUUACAAGGGCUAAGAGACAGUUGGUGGUGGUUGGAGAUGCAGAGACGAUAGGGAAUGCAAAAGAUUUACCCGACGAUUUCCUGCCAAAGUAUAUGGAGUGGUUGGAUGAAGAGGCGGUUGUUCAUCCUGUUGUUGCCUCCAUUUAA